AUGGUCUCCGACACGAAGAAGUUACUGGAUGCCAACGAUUUCGAGAAAGGCAGGUGCCCUCUAAAGCGACUCGACCACGAAAUGGGCGACAACGAUUUCCUCGCCACCUUUGCACCGAUCGACGUCGUCACUGUUGGCGGUUACCUCGCGGUGACCUACUUCAAGAAUCGCGAGGCGACAGGGGACCUUGAUUACAUGAUUGAUCCUCAAUGGGCUCAAGAUGAUGAAAUCAAGUUCCCGCGUAAAUUUGCAAUAAAGUCGGUGGCGAAGAAGGAGAAGUUCGAAUUCGACUGGAUGAAUGAUGGCUUGGAGAUUUGGACAACCCCAGCAGCUAGCAAGACCAUUUUUGAGCGAGCUUAUGAGCAGAACAUACUCCUCUUCGAUGGGCAGUCAAUUAGGGUUUGGGCGGCUCCACUUGAAUGGGCACUAGAAAGAAAGCUUAGAAGGACUGCGUAUUCGGAGCGAGGAAGUAAGACAGUUGAUAUGGAAGAUGCUUUGGCUCUUUUCAAGCACUUCAGGGACGCGAACGGAGGGCCUUUGGACAUGGAAUCUUUUCGAAAUCUCAACUUGAAUGGUUUCGAUUUGGUGCCCGAACACAAUCAUAUGGAGAAGGUAGCGGCUAGGUACCAGGACAUGUACAAAGAGGAGUUGUUCACUUCCAGCGGUUAG